AUGAACUCAAGCCAGAAUCUUUUCGAUGAAGAGGCUUUUAUGAGGAACCUGGUUGCAGUUGGGUUGGGUGUCAUCAUAACCUACAUCAAUGGCAUCUUUGUGAUCGCCUUUUUUAAAAACCCAGUUUUCUACACCAAUACCAGAUACAUUCUGUACGUUCACCUGGUCAUCAAUGACAUAAUUAUGCUCUUCCUUUCAGUUACUCUGCAUGUCCUGGUUUAUACUGUACCUCUUUUGAAUGUCACAGUCUGCAGUUUUCUGCUUCUGUUUGCCGCAAUAACUGCAGAAAACACUCCACUGAAUCUAGCAGGAAUGGCCUUGGAACGCUACAUUGCCAUCUGUAAACCACUGCAUCACCCUCAGCUUUGUUCAGUGAAAAGGACCUACAUCCUCAUCUGCCUGAUGUGGCUUGUGUCUUCUAUUCCUGCACUGACUGAUAUCAUCAUCGUCUUGGUGAAUGAACCCAUCAGUAUUUUCUCAAACUCGAUUAUUUGCUACAGCAAGAGUCUUUUUGGCACAAAUCAGCACCUCCUGAGAGUGAUCUGUGUAGAGACAAUGUUUCUAUCAUGUGUGUGGAUGACGCUGAUCUUUACUUACUUCAGGGUUCUUCAGGCAGCUAAAGCUGCGACCUCUGAUCAGGUCUCUGCCAGAAAAGCCAGGAACACUAUUUUGCUCCACGGCCUGCAGCUCCUUCUUUGUAUGCUCUCCUACGUUACUCCACUUAUAAACUAUUUUUUCCUAGCGCUGUUCCCUAAAUAUAGAAGCAUAAUUUUGUUCAGUACAUAUCUACUGGCCAAUGUUAUUCCAAGGCUACUCAGUCCUCUUAUAUAUGGAUUCCGAGAUCAAAAAAUGUUCAGAUUUGUCAGAAUGUAUUUAACAUGCAGUCUGUUCUUCACAAAGAUUGAACCAAGUGAAGUUCAGUCAUAG